AUGCAAGUUUAUAUAGCUGUGAUAUUCGCUUAUGGAGUGUGGGCACUCAAUAAGACAGAGGAGAAGAGGACAUGCCCACUGGGAUAUUUCCCCUGUGGAAACCUGACCUUUUGUCUCCCCCAGCUCCUGCACUGCAACGGUAUCGAUGACUGUGGAAAUCAAGCAGAUGAGGAGAACUGUGGAGAUAAUAAUGGGUGGCCCCAUUUUUUCGACAAGUAUUUUGGAAUGCCAAGCCAUGAUGCCAGGACCAAGUCCAACGUCUGCUUGCUUGGUGUGGUUCCUGAGCUCUGCAAGUGUCGGAACCUGGAGCUGGACUGUGAUGGUGCUCAUCUUCAAGAUAUCCCAGUGGUUGCGAUGAAUGUCUCUAUGAUGUCCCUACAAAGAAAUGGACUUCAGAAACUUAAAGCGAACACGUUCUCCAAGUACCGGAGCCUGCAGAGACUAUAUCUCCAGCACAACAAGAUUCAAGAUGUAAGUCCUGAUGCAUUCAGAGGGCUGUAUAACCUGACACGACUAUAUCUGAGCAACAACAGAAUAUCAGCUCUGAUGCCAGGGGUGUUCAAGGACCUGCACAAAUUGGAGUGGUUGAUUAUUGAAAAUAACAACAUCCAUCAAAUAUCCUCUAUGACCUUUUCAGGAUUGAACUCCCUUGUUCUACUGGUUUUGUUGAACAACUCUUUGACAAAGCUGGAUGACAUCUGUCGAGAAAUGCCCAGGCUGAAUUGGCUGGACCUGGAAGGAAAUCUCAUUGAAGCGAUUGGAAAUGCCUCAUUCAGCUCGUGCAGCAUGAUGACAGUUCUGGUUUUGCAGCGCAACAGGAUCAGCUAUAUACAUGAACAGGCUUUCUCAGUCCUCCAAAAGCUUGGAGAAUUGGAUCUAUCCGGCAACAGACUGGUGGCAAUCCCUCCAAAUCUCUUUGUCUUACUGGAGGAUUUGCUCCAACUAAAUAUAUCAUACAAUCCCAUCAUGGAGCUCCACGUUGACCACUUUGACAAGUUGCAUAAAUUAAAAUCAUUGAGCAUAGAGGGAAUAGAAAUUGGAAACAUUCAACGAAGGAUGUUUGAACCUCUCAAAUAUUUGACUCAUAUCUACUUCAAGAAAUUCCAGUACUGCGGCUACGCUCCUCACGUGCGUAGCUGCAAGCCCAACACUGAUGGAAUCUCGUCCUUUGAGGACCUUCUGGCCAACAUUGUGCUGAGGGUCUUUGUCUGGGUUGUUUCUGCUACCACCUGCUUCGGCAACAUCUUUGUCAUCUGCAUGCGCUCGUACAUCCGCUCAGAGAACAAACUACACGCCAUGUGCAUCAUCUCCCUCUGCUGUGCUGACGGGUUGAUGGGCAUCUACCUCUUCAUGAUUGGUGCAUAUGACCUAAAGUUUCGAGGCGAGUAUAACAAGCACGCUCAGGCCUGGAUGGACAGCAGCCAGUGUCAGGUUAUUGGCUCUUUGGCCAUGCUGUCCACUGAAGUAUCCGUCCUGCUCCUCACAUAUCUCACACUGGAGAAAUACAUCUGCAUCGUCUACCCUUUCCAGUACUUGACUCCUGGCUGGCGACGAACUGUCACCAUCCUUCUCGGGAUAUGGGUGUUCGGCUUUAUUAUUGCCUUCCUGCCUCUGGCCUGCAAGGGGUUGUUUCGCAACUUCUACGGGACCAAUGGGGUCUGCUUCCCGCUGCACUCUGAGCAGCCAGAGACGCUUUGGGCUCACGUUUACUCCAUCGUUAUUUUCCUGGGUCUUAACCUGGUGGCGUUCCUCAUCAUUGUCCUCUCCUAUGCAAGUAUGUUUUAUAACAUCCAGAGAACAGGCACUCAAACCACUAAAUACAGCAACCACAUCAAAAAAGAGGUGACCAUUGCCAAAAGAUUCUUCUCUAUCGUCAUUACUGAUUCCCUCUGCUGGAUCCCCAUUUUCAUCCUCAAGAUCCUGUCACUGCUGCAGGUGGAAAUUCCCGGUACCAUCAGCUCCUGGGUAGUCAUAUUUAUCCUCCCCAUCAACAGUGCACUUAAUCCCAUCCUUUACACACUGACCACGCGGCCUUUCAAAGAAACCAUUGUGCAGGUGUGGGCUAACUACAGGCAGAGGAAGCCCCUCCUUAGCAGACACCCAGCUCAUCAUCCAUCGCUCACUUGGCAGGAAAUGUGGCCCCUGCAGGAAAACAGCCCUAGUGUUAACCUGGGGCAGGAAUUUGAAGCAAACGGUACAAAGGCCAAGCUCACGCCAGUGGAAAAUACUAAUGAGGGAUACAAUGACAUUACAGCAUCAACCAGAAAACAGCAAACACAACAUACACUGCUGUCAGUAUGUCCUAAGACUGAAACAUCACCACGCACAGAUACUCACACAUGCACACAAAAAAAUGAACUCCUUUAA